CUCUGGUUAAAAAAAAAAGCAGACAAAGCGUGAGACUGGCUUGGCAAGAUGCCAUUUUGCUAUGUUCCAGCGUUCACGGAUGAUGCCAUUGGGAUUGCGAAGGAAGCCGGCCGGAACAACGAAAAGACUGGCAUUGCCAAAAAGCAUGUGCCAGAAGAACAGGGAGAGGUUACUUCAGAUACUGUGGCCAGGUCCCCUGUCCCGACAGAGUUCAAGUUGUUCUAUCGGCUCUAUGGCCACGGCGACACAAAGGUCCUGUUAAUCAUGGGGCUAGCAGGAACACACCAUGCUUGGGCUCCACAGCUCGAGGCGCUGUGUGGGACAGAUGUGGCGAAUGAUGAAGAACAGGAAAAGGAUAACAUGGUAAGCAGCAAUGCCGAAGAAGGAGAGAACGAGGGCAGGCGUUCCACAAGUGCUCAGGUUGGCAGCUGCGGUCGGCAAUGCUGUGCUUACGACAACCGAGGGGUUGGGCAGAGCUCAAUUCCUAGGCGGAGAGAGGCUUACUCGACCACGAGCAUGGCGAGGGAUGCUCUCGCUCUGAUGGACCAUCUUCGAUGGGCGAAGGCACACGUAUUCGGGCACUCCAUGGGUGGAAUGAUUGCCUGCAAGCUGGCAGCCAUGGCACCUACCCGAAUCGCUUCCCUGGCAAUCAUUAGCUCCUCUGCUGGUGGCUAUGCGUGCAUCCCAAAGUGGAGCUUGAGAAUUUUAGCGAUUGCUUAUCGUCUUUUGAGGGCAAAGACGCCAGAGGCCCGAGCGGCUGUGGACUUGGAUACCCAUUAUACGUCAUUGUACCUGGACGCUGUGGCUGAAGCAGGGGAGACGAGGCGGGCGGUAUUGUACAAAGAAUACGUACAGGCUAUCACGGCGUCCGGUAUGCAGGAAAGGCAUGGCCAGGAUGGCCACAUGCAUGCGUGCUGGACACACUUCCUUACUGGAGAGGAGUGGCACGCAAUCUGUUCAGGUGCGUUUCUUGUGUCAGUCAUUCACGGGAAUGGGGAUAUAAUAUGCCCAAUAGAGCGAGGAAUGGACAUUGCAAAGCGCUUGGGGGAGGUAGCAAAGUUUGUUGACUUGCCAGGAGGUCAUUUCAUUACGCGCGAGUGCCAAGUAGAGGUUAAUGAUUGUCUUCUAAGAUUGAUAAUGGCAGUGGAGUCGGGGGUGGCGGCGCUGGAGUGGUCGCAAACAACAAGGCAGAUGUUGGGACCUGAAGGUUGGUCGCAAUCGAGACAGAAUGCAGAGGCAUCGGCAUCAUGUUGGUGGCCCCAAUUCCGAUCACAAUCUCUAACAUAUGGAAAAACUAAUCUCUUGUGUGAGGUGGAAUCAGCUGAAUUGCGUCAGCGAACAAGAUUUUCAAACCUGACGGUCUGCCUGUUUAUACUUUUGGGCUCCCUCGCACUGAAAAUUCUUCUUGAUGUUAUAUUGGUUAAUGCAUCCUAGGUAUUUGGCAUUUCCAUGGAGAGAAGUCUGCAAUGUUGGCGACUUAGACCAUAAUACACCAUAUUGUAUUGCUUA